AUGGAUAAGGGACAUAUUGCUGUACUGGGAUCGGGUGAGGUAGCCGAGGGUAAGUCUGGGCCUGCGGGACUGCCAUCAAUGUCGAGUAAAUACUUGGAUGAUGAAGAUGAAGGUAUACCCACGUAUGAAGAGCUCGAACGGGUCCUCGAACCAGAAUUGGUCAGGAUCAUGAGGGAGGUGCGAGAAGGGUUGGAUGAGGCUGCUUUACCCCGGGUUGCUGAUGACGAUGUCGCGUAUGACAUGGACAAUAUUGGCGGCGAUAUGGAUUCAGAAUCCUCAGAUUCUGAUGAUACAGAUAGCGUAGAUGAAGUUCCCGAUGGUAUCUUAUUUAUGGAGGCGACAGGAGAGGAGGGUAGUUCGUAA